AGCAGCUCUGCCCAUAAAACACAAUCCCGCACUGUAAUAGCCAAAUGUGAAUUAAUGAAUGAUUCAGAGGCGGUUUGUUUUUAGAAACGCGAUACAUCAGUUAAUCCCGACUGUUUCAAAGCCCCGUUUCAGACACAUUUAAAGAAAAGCGAGUGUAAUAUACUGUACUAUAGGGAAGCACAUGGGGCGACCAGAGCAGCGCAGCAGCCUUUUAAGCGAGUGUUGCCCUGAUCGUAAUCAAAUCAGCAUGCGAGAAGCCCAAUGAGAUUAAAAGCACAUGAGAAAUGCAUGCUUAGCAGUGAGGUAUAACCCACAUUCACACAUUUAGGCUCUAAAAUUGUGGGUCAAAGCUGCUCCUGUUGUGCCAUGUUCAGGCUGCUUUACAUGGAAGAGAAACAGACCCAGAUAUAAAGUGCGUCUCCUUCGGCCUCUUGGACACGUUUCCUAUUAGGACUGACCCAGAGAGCUUGCAAUCAGAGAAGGUUGAGAGGAGGUGGAGGGGAGUCAGGGAGACCCCGAUCAACAGCGAGAGAAGAGGAAGAAGGGUAGACAGACAGAAUUACAAGAGGACGCUCGGUGAAAGAAGCCUCUUAAAUCUGGGAGCUGGAAUUAGAACCGCAGAAACUGCAGAGGGGAAGCCACAAAACCACAGUGAAGAUGCCGGCCAAUGGGAAUCGUCCCUUGAAGCUACAGUUUGGUCUUAAAAACCAUGAGGGACGCUACCUCACUGCUGAGAACUUCAGCUUCAAGGUGAAUGCAUCAGCCCCAAGUCUGAAGAAGAAGCAGAUGUGGACUCUGGAGCAGGACUCUCAGGACACACAGGUAGUCUACUUGCGCAGCCACCUGGGACGCUACUUAGCCUCCGACAAGGAUGGCAAAGUCACCUGCGAGGCCGAUGGGCAAAACUCAGACUGUCGCUUUCUCAUAGUGCCUCAAUCGGACGGUCGCUGGGCCCUCCAGUCUGAGCAGCAUCUCCGCUUCUUUGGUGGUUCUCGGGACUACCUGUCUUGCUUCGCCCAGGUAAUCACGAAUGCAGAGCUGUGGGCGAUGCACCUGGCAUUACAUCCGCAGGCCAACCUGCUGUCUGUGGCCCGCAAACGUUACGCCCACCUUUCAGCGGAGGAUGGGGAGAUCGCAGUAGAUGUGAACAUUCCUUGGGGCGUGGCUGCGCUCCUGACUCUUGUCUACAUGGACGGGAGGUACUGCCUUAAGACAUGUGAUGGCCGCUUCCUCAGUAAUGAUGGGAAGCUCUUGAUGCAGAGUGGGAGGGCCACAGCAUACACGCUUGAGCUGAAGUGUGGAAAGCUCGCCUUUAAAGACUGUGAGGGGAAGUAUCUGUCUCCCAUGGGGCCUACGGGCACCCUAAGGUCUGGACGGUGCUCCAAGCCUGGCAAAGAUGAACUUUUUGACUUAGAGGAGAGCCAUCCACAGGUGGUUCUGAUGGCAGCCAAUGGGCGGUAUGUCUCCAUAAGACAAGGAGUGAGCCUUGCAGCCAACCAAGACGAUGAGACAGACAUGGAGACGUUUCAGAUGGAGAUUGACAAAGAAACCAGGAAGUGUACGUUCCGCACCAGCCAGGGGAACUACUGGGCUCUGGUGGCCCACGGAGGCAUCCAGAGUACAGCCUUUGAAGUGUCAGCUAACACCAUGUUUGCAGUGGAGUGGCUCGGCCACAAGGUGGCAAUAAAAGCUAACAAUGGAAAAUACAUCUGCACCAAGAAGAACGGCCAGCUGCUCGCUGUCAGUGACUCAAUUGGUGAGGAUGAACAGCUCACUUUGAAACUCAUCAACAGACCCAUGUUGAUCCUCAGAGGAGAAAACGGAUUCAUUUGCCACCACAAGAACUCUAACACACUGGACGCCAGCCGAUCGGUCUAUGACAUUUUCAAUCUGCAGUUCAGUAAUGGGGUCUACCAUAUUAAAGGUGUGGACGGUCGGUUUUGGUACGUGAACAGUUCUGGGCUGGUGUGUUCGGAUGGUGAGGUGCCCGAGGACUUCUCUCUGGAGCUGUUGGAGCACCGUCGCCUCGCCAUACGGGCCAAGAACGGCAAAUACCUGCGAGGAGAUCAGGGAGGCACGCUGAAGGGAGACGGACUCUGCCCGAGCAGCUCAGCCCUGUGGGAAUAUUAAACACGAUCCAAUAUUAGUCCUAACCUGAGACACACGACACCCCACGAUUCAAAAAUCAAAGGCCAGCAUUGAUGCUUUUUCUAAAGCUAAACUCUGCUGCAUUUUGAGGAGAAAGGGAGCAACUUUUUAGCCCCAAAAAGUUGCAUCAAAAACUCAGACUCAUGCUAAGAGAGAACAUGUGAGAAAAGGAACGGAUGCUUAAUCAGUCAAGACAAUUCUCCAUGAAGUGAACAAUGUUUUAAGUCAAUGCUUGACUGCAAAACUGCUAAAUUUGUGUGAAUGAACCUCAGUGUGUUUGUGCUUUUCCUUGAGGUUUUUUCCCCAGGGACUUUGCUGCACUAUUUCAUAGCUGUCUGAAGCUAAACUACACACAAAGAACCCUCUUUGAUAUAAAGAAGUGUCUAUUUAUGCUGUAAAACCAAGCCUUUUCCUUUAAUGGCAUUUGCUUGUAUUUUAAGUAUUAUACUAUUGUUUACAUGGCAACUAAAGUGUUACCACAGGUGUGUCAUUUUACUGGACACUCAUCCAGACUAGGAGGCACACUUGUGAAGGUGACACCUGAGACAGAAUUAGUCCCAUUUAAGAGUAAUGUUACCUGUUGGAGGACGGUGGUUAGCUUCAGGUGGUUAGCAGCGUUGUCUGUGGAUGUGUAUUAGCAGACAGGAUCACCAGGUUUCAGACGCCUGUAAGAAGGUAGUGAUAAAAACUUCUGUUAGCAGAAUAGGAUAAUUUCAACACUUUUCAUUUGUCCCUCUGUCAUUUUUUAAAACAUGUUUUGUUUUAGUGAUGCCACAACUCUACCAGGAUUAAAGGAAUCAAGGCAAAACUUA